UCCCGCGCUCCCACGGCGCGCCUGGCCCGUGUCCCCGCGGGACUCCGCGGUGGCUGCGGGCGCCGGACCGAGGGAGGGCGGGGCGCGAGUGUCCAGGCUAACCCGCUCUCCGGGCCUGGCGCCUCCCGGGACGCCGGGCGCAGGGCCGGCCGCUGGGCCGGCUUCGUGGUGCAGGCCGCGGCAUGCGGGGUCGGGAUCCAGUUGGUAGCUGGGGCUGGUCGCUGUCACGGGAGAGGGUCACGGCCCCCGGGAGGCGCCUCCCGCGGGUGCCUGGCGCUUGUUGCGCCCUGCUUUCCUCGAGAGCCAGCAGGCGCAGGUCGGGCCCAGGUGAAGCUCAGAAUGACAGCUCCCAAGAUCCACCAGGUAGUUGGACCAACAACCAUUAAGACUGUCAGAAAAGCCCAGUUCUGGGUCCGUCGUUAUAAGCUGUGAGCAGACAAUUUGGUCCCACUACAGAGCCCUGGCUAGCCAGGAACUCACUACGCAUAGACCAGGCUAUCCUAAUGGCUUGGACUAAAAAUGUGCACCACCAUGUCCAGUGCUCACAGCCGACUUUAAAAGCUGGUGGAAGAUGCUUUGAAGUACACACGGAGCAGUGAAGACUUCAUCCCCGAAGCCUUUGGGAACAUCAGCCUACGCCUGAGACUUUCAAGAUGUGAAACAGGCCAACUGAUAAACCCUGCCUCUCAGCACCCAGCCUGCCUGCUAGGAUGUUCCUCAUGAACGCCCCUCCAGUGCUGGCGCUCCAAUCCAGAUGGGAGGCCUUCGGCCAGCCCAGGAACUUCUGCUUUCCAGACUGCUUCCCAGAGUCUAGAGAGGACACCUCCAGGGCUUCCGUAAGUGCAAGGGUACACAUGCUCAUCAGCACGCUGCAGAGAGACGAGGCUGCCCUGGGCACGAGCCAUGAGCGUGUCACGCAAAGAGGCCAGCGUGCAGAGAGGUCCCGGGACACCAGGCUGGCCCCCAAGCCUGCUGUGUGCAAAGAGCUGCCAGAGUUCCCUGCCUGUGGCCUUGUGGCAAACCGCAGCGCCCUGGAGAGAGAUGAAGCUGGGAGACAUGGUCCCUUGGAGCUGGAUUCUGACAGUGACGACUCCGUGGACCGGGACAUUGAGGAGGCUAUCCAAGAGUACCUGAAGGCAAAGGGUGGGGCUUCUGAACCUGUAUCCCAAGGGGCCCCCUCUAUCCCAGAGCCCGCCCAUAGCUCUGCCCCGCCCAUCCCAUGUCCCCCACAGCUCACUCCUGGCUCAGGUAGUGUUCCUGUGGGAGCUGCUGAAGACCAGGGCUCCACCUCCCCAGCCAGCCUGAGCAGUGAGGACUCCUUCGAACAGAGCAUCCGAGCUGAAAUAGAACAAUUUCUUAAUGAGAAAAGACAGCAUGAACGCCCGAAGUGUGAUGGGUCUGUGGAUAAAAAAUCAGACCCAAACAACAGCCCUGCCAGACUUAGAGGGAACCGAGAAACCUCAGCCAGGGCAGCUCUGAUGGGGACCACCUGUAAGGAGUUCAUCUUCCGGAAACCGCCCAGGCUAACAAAGAUGAGCACACAACCGAGAAACGUCCAGCCUAAGCUCACCACAGAGCCCGAGACCCCGGCGAGCACAAAGCUGACGGCCCACAGACCAGAGGCUGCCCAGAACAGGGGUGGAGUGAGGAGAAGCAUGCCUGCCAGGCGCAGCAAGCGCAUCAGGAACUCGGCCCCGGUGCACCAGGCAUCGGACUCCAGCAGUGACGACGGCAUCGAGGAGGCCAUCCAGCUGUACCAGCUGGAGAAAACCAGGAAGGAGGCCAGUGGGGACCCGCCUCCGAGAGCCCCGCUGAAAGAGGAAAGUGCUGGCAGUGCCCCGCCAAGUGCCUUGCCUGAAGCCCACAGGAGAACCCCGAGCAAGAGAAAGCUGGCAGUUCCAAAGGUUAUGGACACCACCCAGGAGGCCCUCCACCCCGAUCCUCUCUCCAAGCUCCUAACAGAUUCUAGAGCCUCUGUACCUCCAGGACACACAGCUGCCAAGAGUGAAGCUGUGCACCAGGCCUCACGCCUAGCAGACACUUCCACCGAACUGAUGUGUGCAGAAGCCAUCCUGGACAUCUCCAAGACCAUCCUGCCAGCUCCCAUGGAAGGCAGUGACAGGCUUCCAUCCAGAAACCCACUCUUCUGUCCCCAACCCAUGCCUCCCCGCUCUGAAGGUGACAGCAGCAACGUUGACAGUGAUGACAGCAUCGAGCAGGAGAUCCGGACGUUUUUGGCCCUCAAGGCACAAGUAGGAAGUCCUCAGCCUACCCCGGGUCCACUGUCCUCGCCUGGCCCCAGCAGCAACCCUGGCAUCCCCAAGGCCCCUCUUGCUAAAACACUAGAUCACCCUCUGGGCUGCAAACGGAAACGGAGAGGUGGAGGCAACACUACAGUGUACAAGAAAACAAGGGAGGGUAGAGAAAGUGCCCAGGAUGGUGACCACAUUCAGGGAAAGGUUCAGCCUGGCCAUGAUGGGUGGGACCCUCUCGGGCAGAGCAAAAUCAUAGAGACCCCCAGAGGAGAGGCUGAAGCCAAGGAGCUGCCUGUCACUUCCAGGACAGUUGCACUCAGUGAUCCACACCUAUCACAAGGCCAUGGGGCCCUCGGGAAGGCCAGUGAGAAGGAGAGCUCUGAGGAUAAGAGCAGUUCUCUGGACAGUGACGAGGACCUGGACAUGGCCAUCAAGGACUUGUUAAGAUCUAAGCGCAAGUUUAAGAAGAGGUGCCGAGACCCACGGGCUUCCUGUAAGAAGGUCAGAUUUGGCAGCGCAGACACUCGGAGUGGGGAGAAGCUGAGCAGCCUUCCAGGGGACAGGAAGGACCACAGACAGCAAGCACUGCGGGGCUGUCUGCCCAAGUGCAGAGGGGACAACAAAGACAGCCCAGGAGGCGCCGGCAGCAGUGUGGCAGAGAGGGCGAGGCUGGGGGCCACCGGGGGCGAGGAUGCAACCCCCGCCGUUCUCCCCAGGAGGAGAAGUCCAGAAGGGGCUCCUCCCUCUAAGGACACGGGAGCCAGUGGCCACCCUCCUUCAGCCUCCAGCCCCACAUCUGAGGACAGCGCAGUGGACAGUGAUGACAGCAUUGAGCUGGAGAUCAGGAAGUUUUUGGCAGAAAAGGCCAAGGAGUCUACACGCAAUGCAGAACCUCAAGGGGGCCCUGCCAAGUCAGAGAUGCCCUGUAGGAAAGAGCCAACCCUGGGGUUGCAGCCCGGAGUGUGCACACGGAGCCAGAAAGCCAGGGGAACCCCUCAGCUGGCCGAAGGAAGGAGAGGCCCAGAGAGAGCAUGGACACAGGCAACCAGCCUCUUGAGUCAGACCGGGAGGGGCACCCUCCGUGCUGAGCAGGCCACCCGCCUCACCACUGCCCUGGGCCGAAGCGAGGCAUCACUACCCAAGAACACCAGCAGGAACAGCUCUGCCAAAGCAUCUCCACCAAGCAAGAAAAGUGCUAACGUUCACAAAGACCGUAGCCCACAGGGAAGCCAGACUGCAACGGCAGAAAGUCUGUUCAGCCAGCUGCCCAGUUGUGCCAAAGUGGGUGCUGAGGCUGGAAGUGCUGGGGGAACCUUUCACCUGAACUAUGGCAGUCAGAACUUGCUAACCCCCAGCCCUGGACCCCAGGCUGACCUCGCCCUCCCUUGGGGUGACUUUGCACACCACAGCAGGCUGUCCAGCCCAUGGGUGCUGAACUCUGGUCAAGGCACAGUGUGGACGGGGGUCUUUCGGGGUGAGAUGGAAAAGGGAGCCACAUCACAGGCUGAGGGCCCACCCAGCCUUUCCUCAGGCCCCAGGAAGGGCCUGCCUUUCCUCUCCACCCAGCUCUUCCACUUCGGGAAGAGUGUUUCUUGGGGGUGCAAGCAGGCUGGCCUCUUCAGCCCCAAUCUGGGCUUACCUCUGCAGGCUCCAGCGUUCUCAGCCUUCAGGGAAGCCCAGCCUGGCCACAACCCUGUAUUUGGAAGCCCACACUUGCUAAUGAAGGACAGUGGGAACUGGCCAAGCCGGAAGGCUCAGGGGACCCUGAGACAGCAGGACAGGAGGAAUUCUGGCUCUGAGGACAAAGUUCUAGACCUGAGAUAUCGGCACAGGGUUGACAGGGAACAGCAGGACCAGGAGACCUUGGGCAGUGAUGCCAGUGAAUUCAGUGACACGUCCAUGGAGGAUGGGGGCAGUGCCACAGUAAGCAGUAAAGGCCUCAAGUUGUGAGAGGCAUGUCAUGGCUCUUGCCAUAGUUGUGGGAAGAGGUGUCUCUGUCUUGCCUGAUGUGCGUGCAUGCAUGCCUGUCUGUAUGUGUGUGCCUAUGUGUGUAUGUGCCUAUGUAUAUGUGCCUGUGUGUGUGUGCCUGUGUGUGUGAGGCAGCAUAGGGUGGAAGUAGGGGAUCCUGACAGUUAAAGAGCAAAAAUUGGGUCCCUUCCAUGCAACGCCCCACUCCCACCCCCCACUCCCCCCACCCUACCCCCCACCAUGUAAAUAUGUACACUAACCUCAAAUGCCUUUUUUAUUUAAUGAAUGUGUCCUGGUACAUAAUGGGUUUUGUAGGUUUUUUUGUAAAUUAUUUUAAAAGUGCUGUAAAAAAUACUUUUUGAAAAUGUCGUUCAAUCCUGCAGGGUGUGCCUAGCUGCAAUCCUCUGUGGUCUCAGUGCAUAUAUGGUAGAUGAGUAAACACUUGAUUCUAACCAUCCUGGUGAGAGUCAGAGACAGAAGCUGGAACCGAUUUGCUAGUGAAAAUAUUCAGGCCUGGAGAUAGCAGCAGCUAUUUAUCUUGGAAGUGCUAAUGUGGUUGAGGUAUGUCAGGAUACCACUGGGACAAGGGUGUCCCUGGCCAGAGGCUGUCUCUAGAUUCUGUAGUCAUGGCCUGAAAUUAGAAAACAUUUCAAAGCACAACAGCUAGCAAAUUGCUAACCAACCAUCCCCUGUCUAGUGUGGAAAUCUGGCUACUGGCUUUGCAGCUCAGCUGAGCCCAGAUCAUCCAGUAUCCAGUAGCUCGGGGAUUCUAACAUCCAUAUAAACCCCUUCAUAUGAGGGCUACAGAUUUGCUUUUAAUCGUGGCUCUAAAAGGUGAUCCCACAUAUUCUUUUUGACUGUCCCGUUCUUGAUGUAUGUAUGUAUGGGUGAGUAGUGAGGCCAUGAGAUGGCAUGGUCCCCAAACACCUCAGCCACCUGUGAUGGUGGGCCCCAGCCCUGAAAACAGUGAGGACAAGCCCUCCCACACCUGCUGUGUAUGACUCAGAGCCCAGCUGUGUGUGACCAAUGAUAAGUCAGCAGUCUGCAUGGCUUUCUGCAACCCUGCCUCUACCCAGGAGAAAGAAGGGCCUGGCGAGUGCUGAGGCCAGGCUGCAGGCAUUGGGGUCCUGGGAGUUUGGCAGUGAUACUGCCUUGGUGCUGAGGUACCUGUGGCAACUGGAAACUGAAGAUGUGCUGGACCCCAGAUGUGAGGAUCACUUCUGUGUUGUGAUUACACCUUCCUCCCCUGAGUUCUGCAGCUCAAUUUAUUGGAUUGUUGUGUGUCUACUUUGUGGCUGAAUUCUGGUGGUGUUCUGACAUGGAAGUGAAUUUUCUACUUUAUGCACCUGGGACUGGAUUGUAAAUCACUUCUGUGACACAUACUCCAACCAACCUCCGAAUCUGCCAUGUUGGAGCUUUGAUGUGGUGACAGGCUCUGUGGCCUCAUUGUGGCCCUAAAGGAUCUGGAUCUAUGUGUAUAAUAAAUCCAUUGUGCAUAUUUGUUCAUGUGUUUCCGGGAGAAACAGCUUUGUGUCUUCAAUGUUCCCACCUUAAAUUUUUUGAGUGCUUUUAACCCUUGAAAACAAAAGCAUCUUGUUUUGUAUAUAAGAUCUAUCCAGUUUUGGUUUUUGUUUUUCUAAUGAAUAAACCAAGUA